AUGGCAGCUUUUGGAAGUACUGAAUUUGAGUUCCAAAGAUUCGGCACAACAGCUCAGAUACCAGAUGCUGAUAUUGCUAAAGUCAUGUACUAUUUGGAUUGUGUAUGUACUGUUAUUGAAUAUAAUGAUAAUAAUAUUCGUCGAUAUCGGAAUUAUUCAAAUUGGAGAAAUAUGUCGGAUGAAGAAGAUCGAUUCAUUUUCUUACUAGCUUUGGCACUUUCACCAGAUGAGUUAGAAGACAAGGUCUUUUUCAAUGCGCCAGCACUCUGCCCCGAUAGUAGUAAUCAGUUUUAUGAAAUAGGUCAAGUCAGACGUCAAAUAAUGGUUGUUCAAUCCAUUAUUAUUGGUGGUCAAUCACGACAAGUGAAAAAAAUUAUGGCUUAUAAGCAAGUUUGGAUGCGUGCGAAUUACUAUGAACCAAUGCAGCGACUUGCGUUUCGAUUUAGUCCAGCAGGACAGCGUCAAGAAGCACUUAUGAGAUCAGCGGCUUGCACUAUUUCCUAA